GGCAUUGCUGCUGCGGGGCGGGGACGCGAGCGCUCGGGCGUUUUCCUCCGUGCUGGGUCAUGGUGAAGGCGCCGCGCGGCGCUCGGGAGAGGCCGGGAGAGGGGACGGUCAGGAGCGGCGCCCGCAGUCAUGGUGGUGUUCCUGGGCCGCCACCUCCCCACGCUUCCUGGGCUCUUUAAGAAGAAGGGCUCUGCCAAAGCUGAGAGUGACAAACAUCAAAGCGUAGGGCCCGGCCAGGGGCCAGGGUCUGCAGUGGAUGAACACCAGGACAAUGUCUUCUUCCCCAGUGGGCGGCCACCCCACCUGGAGGAGCUGCACACGCAAGCGCAGGAGGGGCUCCGCUCACUGCAGCACCAAGAAAAACAGAAACUGAACAAAAGUGGCUGGGACCAUGGAGACACCCAGAGUAUCCAGUCCUCCCGUGCGGGGCCGGAUGAAGACAGCAUCUCCUUCUGCAGCCAGACCACGUCCUACACGGCCGAGAGCUCCACGGCAGAGGACGCUCUUUCUAUCCGCUCCGAGAUGAUCCAGCGCAAAGGCUCCACCUUCCGACCUCAUGACUCAUUUCCAAAGUCAUCCGGGAAGUCAGGGCGGCGGCGGCGGCCACGGCGGAGCACGGUGCUAGGUCUACCGCAACACGUGCAGAAGGAACUCGGCCUGCGAAAUGAGCGGGAGGCACCAGGCACUCCUCGGCCUCCUGGUCCGCGGGACGCUGUACGCAUCCCCACUGUGGAUGGCCGCCCAGCGGGGCUGGCCUUGGGGACAGGGGCCCGGGUGUCCCUGCAGGCGCUGGAGGCAGAGGCGGAGGCGGGCGCCGAGACAGAGGCCGCGCUGCAGCGCCACAUCGACCGUGUCUACCGGGACGAUACCCUGGUUGGCCGGUCCACAGGGGCCCGGCCCCCGCCGUUGAACCGGCCCAUGUCCUUAGCAGUGCCUGGAAUGACCGGAGGAGCAGGGCCUCCGGAGCCCCUCAGCCCAGCCAUGUCCAUCUCGCCCCAGGCCACUUACUUGUCAAAGCUGAUCCCACACGCUGUGUUGCCACCCACCGUGGACGUGGUGGCCUUGGGCCGCCGCAGCCUGCGCACGCUGAGCCGCUGCAGCCUGCUCUCGGCCAGCCCGGCCUCCGUCCGCUCGCUGGGCCGCUUCUCCUCAGCCUCGAGCCCACGGCCCCUCAGCCGCCACCCCUCCUCCUCCAGCGACACCUGGAGCCACUCUCAAUCCUCCGAGACCAUCGUAUCCGACGGGUCCACCCUCUCUUCGAAGGGGGGCUCCGAGGGCCGGCCAGAAGGCUCAGUGGCCAGCAGCAGCGUGGCACCCCCUCCCCAGGGCGGCAGUGGCCGGGGCUCCCCCAGCGGGGGCAGCACUGCAGAGGCCUCGGACACGGUCAGCAUCCGGAGCAGCGGGCAGCUGUCGGGCCGCAGUGUGUCCCUCCGGAAGCUGAAGCGGCCCCCACCCCCUCCCCGCCGGACCUACUCCCUGCACCAGCGGGGCUCCGCAGCACCUGACGGCCCCUCCGGCUUGCCUCCCAAGCCUGAGCGCAAGCAGCCGCAGCAGCCGCUGCCGCAGCCCCGGCCACCCACCACCGGGGGAUCAGAAGGGCUGGGGGCGGCACCCUGUCCCCGCACCUCAGCAGGCGGCUGGGCGCCUGGCUUGUCUCCGAGUGGCUCCCGGCGCCCCCCGCGCUCCCCAGAACGGACGCUUUCACCCUCUAGUGGGUACUCGAGCCAGAGUGGGACCCCCACCCUCCCUCCCAAGGGUUUGGCAGGUGCCCCUGCUUCCCCAGGCAAGGCUCAGCCGCCUAAACCCGAGCGUGUCACUUCCCUUCAAUCUCCUGGGGCCUCUGUCUCCUCCUCCCUCACUUCUCUGUGCUCCUCCUCCUCUGACCCUGCCCCCUCGGACCGCUCUGGUCCGCAGAUGUCAACCCCCCUGGGUGACAGGUUUGUGAUACCUCCUCACCCCAAGGUGCCUGCGCCCUUCUCCCCACCUCCCUCUGUGCGACUCAAGGCAUCCAGCCUGGCUGCCGCCGACGGCCCGCUGAGUGCCCAACCCAGCGGAGCGCCCGAGGCAGAGCCGCGGCCUCCCCAGUCUCCCGCCUCCACCGCCAGCUUCAUCUUCUCCAAGGGCACCAAGAAGCUGCAGCUCGAGCGGCCCGUGUCUCCUGAGGCCCAGGCUGACCUCCAGCGGAAAAUGGUGGCUGAACUUCGGAGCAUCUCGGAGCAACGAGAUGCCCAGGCCCCAAAGAAGCCGCCGAAGGCUCCCCCACCUGUGGCCCGCAAGCCGUCUGUGGGAGUCCCGCUGCCUGCCUCCCCCAGCUUCCCUCGGGCUGAGUCCCUCACUGCUCCUCCCACCAAUGGCCUCAGUCAUGCCGAGGACAGGACUAAGGGGGAGCUGGCCGCGAACGGAGGUGUGGUGCAGCUGGCGUGCCCAGAGGAGAAGAUGGGCUCCCCAGGCUCAGACCCAAAGAAGGAGCUGGUCUGACCACCAGGCACCUCAGUGGCACUGCUGACCCAUCCCAGGUACACAAUCUCUCAGGGACCUGAGCAGCUCCAAGGACAAGAGGAACCGGCAGACACAACCUGAGAGGAUGCCCGCAGCCUUAACCUCCACGGCCUUCGAUAUUUAUGCAAGUCUGGCGUUGCCCGCCCUCCCAUGUGUGCCCGACUGGAUCACCUCUGCCAGCUGCCAGCUGCCAGCUGUGGCGUCCGUCUUGGCCUUAGCCUCAUCUCCUAGGAGGUAGCUGGAGGGAGUGGGUAGCUGCGCCCCCUGCUGGCCCCAAGGCCACAUAGGUGGGUGCAGAGCGCCUCACGAGUUUAUUUCGUUCCAUUUUUUUUGUGUCCAAAUCAUGCAUAUAUACUGUAGUCCAGAAUCAAAGCACUUUUGAAAAAGUGGCUGCACGUCCAUUCUGCGGGGCCCGUGAAACCACACUCCAGGGCCUGUUUACACGGCAGCAGCGUGGGUCUCUGGUAGCCAGCCCAGAGCUCCACCCACCUGCCCCUCCUCCCUCCAUCCAGUUUGCUCCUUUUCUUAGUUCGUGGAGGUGGGCGAGUUGUUGCAUCCGCAUAGGCUUCCGCUGGCGGGCCGGGCGCAGGAGCGGGGCUGUGGCACUCCAAAGCACAAAAGGUGCAGUGGGGCUGGCCUUCCUGUGCCUCCACUUAGCACCAACCACCCUCCUGCCUUCCAGUUCUGCCAGGUGCUCCAUGCAGGGGACAGGGAGGAGACUGCCAGGGCCCAGAUGGGUGGGCGGAGGAAGACAAAGCGGAGGUCCACGGGCUGGCUCUGUCCCCGGUGGCAGGACAGAGGAGUGACAUCUCGGUGGGCACCUGGCAUGCCGGGCGUCUGCUCCUUACUCUCCUCCAGCGGGUCUCUGCAGCUCUUCAGAGGCUGUGUCCCUAAACCUGUCCCCUUGGCAGGAACUACUGAGGCGGCGGAUGGGGAGGAGGUCUGGUGGGGGCUGGCUUAUUUGGCAGUGGCCCAGACCUGGCCCCACAGCCUUCCUUCCGACCGUUCCCUCUGCUGUUUCGCGGGUGCAUCCUCCUGGCUGCAGCUUCCAGCACAGGUGGCGGAGGCGAUGUGAACGGCAGGGCUGGGAAACCAAAGACAGCUUUUACUGGAGACUCCUCCCCAGUAAACAAGGGGCUACCCAGGGCUCCGCAGCAGCCGGCUGGGUAGGUGUCCCCUGGAUGUCAGCCUCUGCUGCUCAUCUCUCCUCUGGGGAUUUUAAUGGACCUUCCCUUCCUGUUUGCAGCCUGUGCCACCUACGUAGGUAAUGGCUGUCCCUGCAGGAGUGUGGCUGCCACCCGUGGCUGCCCCUUCUUGGUCUUCUUUCCUCAACAGUGAGUUGGGCUUGAGCCUGGCAAGGAAUCUCCUUUUUAGUUUCUCUACCACCAAGGAAUGAGAUUAGCCCUCCCUCCCCAGACCAGAGCUAGGAAUGCAGGGAGUGUGGUGUGAGAGACCAGGCUCUUGUGGCCCUCGCUAGGGCAUCUUCAGUCUGUCCCUACUGUCUUCUUCCUGUGGCUCCAAGCCCAGGCUGUCCCCUGGCUCUCCCUGUGGGUAACGGAGCUGCUGCUGGGUCUGUGUGGCCCCUGCCCGGCGAGUUGGGGGAGGAGGACAGUCAGUAAGCACUGCUCUUCUCAGAGCUGACCCUCUCCACCCCCAGGACACAGGCAGGGCUGGGUCCAAGCUCCUUGGAAACUGGGCCCUGGUGCAGCCCUGGGAGAGCCUGACUUCCACCUUCCCCUUCCCUCACCUGCAAUGUUACGGGAGCUCUCUAUCCUCAGAUAGGAUCUUCUGAGCUUGCUUCCCCUGGGUGGGACAGAGUGCAAAGCAGGGGGAUGAUCUAGAAGAGGCGACCCUUCUUUGUCCUCUAGGGUAAGUGAGCUUGACCUAGUGCAAAUGGAGAGACCAAAAGCCUCUGAUUUUUAAUUUCCAUAAAAAUGUCAGAGAGAAGUAUAUAUAUAUAUUUCUUUAAAUUUUUGAGUCUUUGAUAUAUCUAUACAGACAAUUCAUUCCCUCUGCCCCGAAGCCUGCGUGAGACACAUGGAAAAGCUGUGUUUCAUUUGAAGGUGUUAAUUAAAUGAUUGAAACUUG